CUUUACAUUUCCUCACAAGCACGUCUCAGCAGUUCAUUCCAACCGCUACAAAAAUAACUUGAAAAUUCCUUAUCUUUGACCGCACUAAAAAAUAUAUUUGUACCUGACCAAAGAUUAAAAAAAACAUUCUUCCACAGAAUUUUGUUGAAAACACUACCAAAAACAUUUAAUUCAUAUAAAAAACAUGCAAUUUGCCGGGAAAGUGGUUUUAAUAACAGGUGCAAGUUCUGGAAUUGGUGCAGCAACGGCAAAAUAUCUGGGAAGUCUUGGUGCAAGUUUAGCUUUAACAGGAAGAAAUGUUGAAAAUCUUAAUAAAAUCGCUUCGGAAUGUAAAGGACCAAGUGGAACUCCAACUCCUUUUAUAGUAACUGGUGAAUUAACCAACGAAAAUGAUACUAAAAAUAUUUUAGAAGCAACGAUUAAACAUUAUGGAAAGUUGGAUGUAUUAGUUAAUAAUGCUGGUGUUAUCGAGACCGGAAGUAUUGAAAACACAUCUUUAGAUCAAUUCGAUAGAAUGAUGAACAUCAACGUCCGUUGCAUUUACCAUUUAACAUCUUUAGCAGUUCCUCAUCUCAUAAAAUCGAAAGGAAAUGUUGUUAACGUUUCGAGCGUUAAUGGAAUCCGAUCUUUUCCUGGUGUCUUAGCUUAUUGCAUGUCAAAAGCUGCGGUUGAUCAAUUUACAAGAUGCACAGCUUUGGAUUUGGCUUCGAAACAAGUUCGAGUUAACAGCGUUAAUCCAGGUGUUACCGUUACUAACCUCCAUAAAAGAGGAGGGAUGAACGACGAACAGUAUCAACAAUUUCUAAACAGAAGCAAAGAAACUCAUGCAAUGGGAAGACCUGGAGAUGCCUCAGAAGUUGCUAAAACGAUUGCAUUUUUAGCUAGCGAAGAUGCUAGUUUUAUAACUGGUGCUAGUAUUCCUGUUGAUGGUGGACGUCAUGCUAUGUGUCCUCGUUAAAAUUGUAUUUUAUUGCAAAUAAAAGUUUUUAUAUUUUAAA